AUGAUACUACCCAUGAUUACCACGUUAUUUGGGCAGUUACAUCACAAGAUCAGCCAAAGUCCUCAGCAUGUUGAAAAGUUAUGCAUGGGAGGUUGUUGCUCCAGGCAUCCUAGGUCUACCCACAAGUUCUGGAAGCAAAUCGCCAGAAUACUCCAAGAGGUGAAACACCUGAAGGAGAAUGGAGAUUUCAGUGAUGUGGCCAGCAAGCCACCAAUUCUUUCCACAACUAAACGACCUUCUGAGCCAACUGUGGGUUUAGAGGCCAAUUUCAAUCAGGUUUGGAACUGUCUUCAAAAGGAACAAGUGGGAAUUAUUGGCAUAUAUGGUUUAGGAGGAGUUGGCAAGACAACCUUCCUUAACCAAAUCAAUAGCAAAUUCCAUGAUAUGUCCCAUGAUUACCAUGUCAUUUGGGCAGUUGCAUCUCAAGAUCGGCCAAUUGAGAAAGUUCAGGACCAGAUUGCCAAAAGAAUAGGCUUGCUGGCCGAGGGUCUGAAAUCUAUUGAAGAGAAAGCUGAAGACAUCUUCAAGGUAUUAUGUAAAAAGAAGUUUGCAUUAUUGUUGGAUGAUAUAUGGGAAUGGUUUGAUCUCAAAAGAGCUGGGGUACCUCUUCCAACACAACAAAAUGGCUCUAAAGUCAAUUUUCACAACUCGUCGUCUUGACGUGUGCUGUCAAAUGCAACCGAACAUGGAUAAUAAUAUCAGAGUGGAAUGUUUACCACCAGGAGAAGCUUUCAAACUGUUCGAGGAGAAGGUUGGAUCAGAAACCCUUCAAAUACAGAACUACCUCUCGUUCUCAUUACAAUUGGGCGAGCCAUGGCAUCCAAGAAGACCCCUCGAGAAUGGGAAUAUGCUAUUGAAGCUUUAAGGCAAUCAGCAGCUUUUGCUUUCCCAAGGGUAGGGAAAGACAAGUUAAAAUUCAGUUAUGACUGUUUAGCUGAUGAAAAAGUGAAAUCUUGUUUCUUGUAUUGUUCUUUAUAUCCAGAAGAUGAACUCAUCCAAAAAGAUGAACUAAUACAUUGUUGGAUCGGGGAUGGAAUUUUGGACGAACAUACCAAUUUGAGAAACCAGGGACAUUUCAUUGUAGGUUCUCUUCUUGAGGCAUGCUUAUUGGA